GAGGGGAUGUGUGUGUGUGCAUACGUGUGAGUGUGGAUGUGCACACACGCUUUGCUUUUCUGAACUGCUGUGUGUGCCCCCGGAAUAAAUCUUGUUCAGACAGAACAGGACUCUGUGUGCUGGGUGCUCCUGCCAGAGAGUCAGAACAGCUUCCUUGCACAGCUGCCUCUCCUGUAUUUCUUCUAGAGACUUCAUCCAGAAACGUAUUUGUUUACUGAAAGCAUGGGCAGGUAGUUACAAACCCACCUUCUUCUUCAUCAAAGCUAACCUGUGGGUACUGAAGAAUGGAAAUAGUUGAUGCUAGUAGCUUCCUUGGGAAUGGUACCAACAUUACUGAUUUCCUCUGUGAUAUCAUCUUGGAAAAUGAUACUUUUUUCUGUGUGGAUGACGUACCUUAUCCUUCUAAAGAUUUACAUCAGAUAAUACGGAUUCUACUGUAUUGCUUGAUAUUUCUGCUCAGCAUUUUGGGGAACAUUCUGGUGAUUACGGUGCUGAUAAGAAACAAGAGGAUGAGAACAGUCACCAACAUAUUUCUGCUGUCAUUGGCAGUCAGUGACCUGAUGCUCUGCCUUUUCUGCAUGCCUUUCACCCUCAUUCCCAACCUGCUAAAAGAUUUUAUUUUUGGAAGUGCUGUUUGCAAAACUGCCACUUAUUUCAUGGGUGUUUCCGUAAGCGUCUCUACAUUCAACCUGGUUGCCAUAUCUUUGGAGAGGUACAGUGCCAUUUGCAAACCACUGCAGUCCAGGGUCUGGCAGACAAAAUCUCAUGCCCUGAGAGUGAUUGCUGCGACCUGGUGUGUCUCCUUCACUAUCAUGUCACCAUACCCAAUCUACAGCAAACUGGUACCUUUCACCAAGUACAACAACACCACAGCAAAUAUGUGCCGACUCCUUUGGCCAAGUGAUGUCAUUCAGCAGUCUUGGUACACUUUCCUGCUACUUACACUGUUUCUUAUUCCUGGGAUUAUAAUGAUGAUUGCGUAUGGCCUAAUUUCUUUGGAACUCUACAGAGGAAUAAAAUUUGAUGCCAGCCAAAGAAAAUCUUCACGAGAAAGAAGAGGAAGUACUUGCAGUGCCAAAUACGAGGAUGGAGAUGGAUGUUACCUCAACAAAACCAAAAGAAAAAGGAAAAUGCCAUUGCAACAGCUCUCUGCUAUGAGCCACAACAAAAUAGAGAGAGUGAGAAGCAACAGCUCUUCUGCCAACUUAAUGGCCAAGAAACUUGUCAUCCGUAUGCUGAUGGUGAUAGUGGUUUUGUUUUUCAUUUGCUGGACUCCCAUCUUCAGUGUCAAUGCCUGGCGAGCCUUCGACACAGCUUCUGCAGACCAGCGUCUCUCGGGGGCUCCCAUCUCCUUCAUCCACCUGUUGUCCUACACGUCUGCCUGCGUGAACCCCAUCAUUUACUGCUUCAUGAACAAGCGUUUCCGCAUGGCCUUCCUGGCCACCUUCACCUGCUGCGCCAAGCAAAAGCCCCCAGCAAUACGGGGAGAGGCUGCUGAUGACGAGGAGGGGAAGACUACAAGGGCUUCCCUCUCCAAAUGUUCUUACACACACAUGUCUGCGUCUGCACCCCCCUGAGCUGCACCAGGGGAGGCAACGAGUGGUGAAUUGUCUGGUCUUGGAAAGUGACUGUGGCAUCAGCUGAACGCCAUUUAGUUCUGAGUUAAUGAAACACUUCAGCUGACAGAAAACACAGCGAGAAUUUUAUGGGAAAUUGAUGCUAUCACUGUCCCAGUGUUACAUCACUUUCCCUUCAAAAGUACAAAGGAGGAAGAGAGCUCUGAAGAUAAAGGACUUUAUGAAAAGCCUUAGAAGUUGCUCUAUUUGUAAUAAAUUCCACUGCAAAAAUUGGUGUCCUUUACAUCAACAGCUUUGCUCAGUUUUCAGAUGCAGCUCUGAGUAUCUCUUAAAAUUUCCAAGAUGCAAAUCGAUUUUCCUCAAACAUAAAUGUAUGUAAUGCAGUUUUCACUUCACUAGCUAUGCUGCAUAAGCAAAAAUCUUUCUGUUAUAUUUGUACUGUCUUUUCACAUUAUUUUAUCUGAGCUAAUACAUGUUGAGAUAAUUUUGGUGUCUCUCUCAUGGGAAUUCUGGGGUGGCAAGAAUGGGCUUGUCCAUGUGAAAUGAGUGCUUUUAAGUAAAAUAAUUUCUUUUUUAAAAAUAAAAUUAAAAUAAAUCA